UCUUCAUGGGCAAUCAAUAUUGGUUAGUUGGAAGGUCUGCACGAAACGAAGGCGUAGACGAUCCCUCUCAUCUGUCAAAGGAGAGUCUGAAAUCGGAGCUGAUUGCCCAUAAUGUAGCUUUGCCCAUUGGAGAAAGAAAAAAGGAAGUGUACCUUCAGCUGUACAUGAAGCAUGUCUACAGUAAGAAAUCAACUGAUUUUUCAAGUGAUGAAGAAGAGGAACCCCCUGAAGAAGGCAACGUGUCUGAUCAACAGGUGGAAGAGAAAGUAUUUAUGAAGAACAGCAAAAUGAUGGACAUUUGCCAAAUGAACGAUGAAGAACUAAAAGCAAAGCUGCUAGAACAUGGAGUCAUUCCUGGGCCAAUUGUAGCAUCAACACGGUUAGUUUAUGAAAAGAAGCUAUUAAAACUGAUCAGUCAGAAGUCAGAAUCUUCAUCUUUCAAAAAUAAUGCUACUGUCAUUGAGGACCAGUAUUCAGACAGUGAAGAGGAUGAGGAGGAGAUGGAAUCAACAAUGGUGCAGAAAAAAAUGAAAAAAACUGCCAAGGCAAUUGGGAACCACACUCAUGUACUGACUGAGAAUAAUGUAAAAAAUGCUGAUGUAUAUUUCCUCCAGUGUUUUGCUCCUUGCCCAAGCAUGAUUGAACCUGACUGUGAUAUGGCAACUUAUCAGGAACCUAACAGUCCUGUGAAUAUUUCUGUAUGUGAUAUGAGUGCUGGUCGUCCUAUGAUAACAGGGUUUGGAGGUUCCAAAGGAAGUCCUUUGUUGGAGAGCAACACCUCUGGCUUGAUGAACUUAUCAAGGCUUGAACACAUAUCCCUUUCAGAAGCAAGCACAGUACUCAGAAAAAAUGAAAGCAUUGCAGAGAAAAGAAGGCGCAGCACUGACAGUUUCAAGGCACAGAUAAUGUCGGACAAAAGUACGAUGACUUAUAGAACACCAACCAACACGCCCCAGGCAUCUCUUUUCAAGCGGAAAAAUAAGAUUAACAAUGAUGAUAAAAAAGAAGAUAUUCUGGCAGAAUUGUUUCCUAAUGAACCACGAACCCCUACUGGCAUAAGUGCAACACGACGCAAGCCCAUCAAAGGUGCUGCAGGACGACCCAUUCAGUUUAAAUAUAAUUUAACAGAAAAGGCACAGCUGUCCAGCCGUGUGGAGAGUACACCUGCAACUCCUAGGCAACUUGUUCCAGUUGUUAUACAGAUUGUAGUCUUUCUCUUGGUUGUUUGCUUCCUCUUCCUCAUCUAUCAAGCUAUGGAAGUCAACCAGGAUUUUUAUGUGGAAAACGAGAGCCAUUUUGAAGCUGUGGACCAGAAUGUACCCCUCCCAGUUGCUGAGGAAGCUGCACAACCCAGCAGUCCAAUGGCCAUACAAGAGUAAAAUUCAACUUUUUUGAUCUAUGAGCAGAGGAAAAUGAGAAAAAUGCAAACACCCAUCUGCAAUAAAUAAAACGGUGCAGCAUUUAACAGUAUUUGGUUUGUGCAUAUAAUGCACCAGAGUACAAGAACUUGAAAAUGUGGCUUCAUCUGAAGAUUCUCUGCUAACAGUAUGAACAUCAUAAGUGCAACAUUUGUGUUAUUUGGACUUCUGGCAGCCACCUGAUCUGCUUUCCAGUUAACAAGAUGGUACUUGAAGAAGUAAAAUACAUUGAUGAUACAAGGCCUGUAUAUUAAGCAGUAUUUCUGAAUAUGUUUAUUCUUGUAGCUUUUACACAUUUCAGUUUUGUUUCUGUUUUGUUUCUGAGUGCAAGCAGGCCUCAUUUUAAUUGUUUAUAUCAAACAGCUAAUGGUAUGACAAAGAAAGGUUAUUUGUUAAAAUUUUAAAUCUUAUCAUUGGCAGUUUUCAUAUAGUCCACUUAUAGCUAAAAGGAACCAGUAGAGAUUACAGAAAUCUCUGUUUGUCUUUUUAGACAUAAAUUACUAUGUUUUAAAUUACUAUGCAUGCCUACUUAAUUAUUUAAAACAAAACUUCUAAAUAAUAAAGAAUAUAUGGAAACAUUUAAUAAAGAGUUUAUUUUGAUUAC